AUGGAAACAACUCCAGUGGCGACUGCCCACCUCGGGUCUAUGUGGAGGAUGCUCCCGUCCACACUGGCAGGAACGGUGCUGCGGUGUUGGCCGGGCCGUCCCCAGAGCUUGACUCCGGGAAAAGAGCAGGGGCCAGCGCCUAGCAGCCACUGCCUGGGCCUUGCCCUCUUGGCACUUGGCGUUUGGUUUGACCUGCCUGGAGCUCCUGCUCCGUGUCCUCCACAUCCCCCGCACUGGGCGACCGGCGAUGGCUGCCAGCAGCCAGACUGCAGCAGCUCUCCAAGCAAAAAGCACAGGGACGACUCGGGUCCCACAACUGUGCAGCUGUUUGCUCCAGCCCGGCCUCUCCAUCCCACACCCUUCCGCACACCUACCAUUCGCCCUCGCGCCGUCUCGCUACCUGCUGCUCGCUGCAAAUUGUUGCAGCUUACAUUGCAUCUGCAAGCCAUACUGCCUACCUAUCUGCCUUCUGCCUCCAUACACCGGUCUAGCUCCCGCUUCGGCUCCGGCUCCGGCUUCAGCUCAACCGUCCAGUGCAGUCGAGACUCGAGUCCGACAGAAGCUCCCCAUUCCCCCGAGCACAUUUCUCCUCCCACGCACUGUCGCGAUCCCGUGUCGCCCUCGUCUGCGUCUGCUUCGCGCUCCAACCGCAGUCGACUCGAGUCGACCAACAAGCAACAAGCAGACUUACUCCGUGAUAUUGUCUCUAUCCGCGCAGGAGGCCAGGAAGUGGAAAAGGAAGGCAAGGAGGACAGGACCAGACAGGACCAGACGGGACCACGGAUUACUGGCCGCCAGGAGGCACAAGACGCACAGAGUUGCUCCCCGCACCCACUCACUCGUCCGGCUUCCCGCCGUCGACGGCUACUUGCUCCGCUGUCUAUCCUCUCCCCUCCCGAGCCGCCUGACUCCGAUGCGGCUUCCCCGACACCCACCUCCGCUCAGCACCAGCACCAGCAUCAACAACAGCCACAUCCAAAGCGCAAGUUCCACGACGCCUUCGCCCCCGCGGCGCCCGAUGUGCCCAUCGAGCCAGCGACGGUGCCCGAGCAGCAACAUACCGCCGCCCAUCAUCCCCCGCAACCCCCUCAGCCCAUCCAGCCCGAGCGUUUGCCCAACAUUCGCCAACCGCUGCCUCGUAGCCCGCCACGCCCCGCCGCGGUCGGGGCUGUCCGCACUCAGGGCUUAACCGCUCCCCCUGCUCCCUCCCCCGGCGAGGAUGACGGUAGGUCCCCCGGGGGACAGCAGCCGACCAUGAUGGCGGCUGCCGCAGCCAGCCCGAGUAGUCCGGGAGCUGCCCCAGACUUCAAGAAGGGCAUCAAGCGUGCCCCCUUGAGGUCCAGCAUCGCCUGUCACCGCUGCCGCAAGUCCAAGAUAAAGUGCAACAAUACUGGUGGCGAUGCCCCUUGCGAUACCUGUAUCCGGAAUGGCAAAGAGUGUACCUACCCCGAGGUCGCUCCGGCGCCCCCUAAGCGGUCCGAGCCGGCCACGGGCCCCAAGCUGGACCAGGGCUCCGAACGCAAACGCCCACGCCGCACCGAAGAUGUGGUCCGCGCGAGCGAUGCCCUCUCGGGUCCUGCUAUCGCCGAAGAGGUCCUCUCGGCCAAGUUCCUUACCGAGACAGUCUGGAACCAGUUGUUCGACAUCUACCGGUUGCACUUUGCCACCGAGCUGCCCUUCAUCCACCUUGCGACCCUCAAGGAAAAGUUGGGCAACAGGUUCCGGUCCAAGCCCAGCGACACAGCCCCUGACUUCAACCUCGUGCUGCUGGGCAUCCUCACGCUAACAGCGCGCUUCCAUACCACGCUGGUCUCCUACAUCACAGCGCGCAGGAACAGCGAACUUGUCUCGCCCGUGCAAAAGAGCCGCUCAUCCGGGCCCGCGAGCGAUGCUGCCAGCGCGUCAGAGUAUUAUGCUGACAUCCUCACCAAGGCCCUUGGUGGUCUCCGGAUGAGCAUGACAGUAGCCUCGGUCGAACGCGUCCAGGCUUUCUUGAUGUUAGGCCUCUAUGAGUGGAGCCAGGCACGGCCCCGAGUCGGCGGGAUGGCUGCCUGGAUGUAUGUGGGUGUUGCCAUCCGCAUGGCCCAGGCCCUGGGCCUGGGUGAUGGUGACCGGGAACCCAGCAGGGUCAGUUUCCACAAGCGGCAACAGACAUCUCUGGACUCAAUACCCCCGGGCCAGAGGAUCAUUGCCAAGGAGAUUAGAAGACGGACCAUGUUCAGCUGUCUGAUCUUGGACCGUCUGUUGGGUUGUGGCAAGGAUCGCGUCUCGACCAUCCGUUCGGAGGACCUGCAGAUCCAGCUACCCUGCUCCGAAGUCUCCUUUGAUCUUUCUGAAGAGGUCUACACUGGCUUCUUGAAACCGUUGCCGGGCCAGAAACCGGAUGACAAUCGCAAGAUCAGCGACAGCGUUCUGGGCCGCUUCGUCCGGCUCGUUGAUCUCUGGGGCGAGAUCUCGAAGUGGAGUUUUGCCGGCGGUCGCUUUACGGAAGAGCAUCCACCUUGGUCCCCCGACUCGACCUUCUACCAGCUGAGGGCGAAGCUUGAGGCCUUCUACGAGGACCUGCCGGAGCACUUCCGAUGGUCGCAGAGCAACUAUUACAAGCAUGAAAAUCAUCAAGCAAGCAGCGUCUAUGUCUCGCUGCACAUGCUCGGCAGCAUAUGCCGCAUCAUGCUUCAUCGCGAAUACAUUCCUUUCAUCCCGAUUCUCUGCGACAGGCCUAUCGGCCCGCUCGACGAGCCCACGUUCCCGGCAGGGCAAGAGCCUUCUGGAUUCUGGGAGACCAGUGCCGAGCAUGUCUUCGACGCUGCCAAAGUAAUUGUCGAUCUCACUGAGAUUUGCAGGGAGAAGCUGCCCAUGUCGUCGCUCGUCCUGUUCGCCGUGUGGACCGCAGCAUUUGUCGGCAUCUACGCCGUCCACUUCCCCCACAUGGACACUAAGGAGCAUAUGCUCCCGAAGGAUGUCGUCGGCGACCUAGACGUGAUGAAGGACGGCCCAACCGGACUCAUGUACAAAAUGCUGAGUCAUAUGGCCACCUACCUCAAGAUGGCCGAGACGUACGUCACCUACUUCCGCGAGAUGACGUGCUUCUACGAGAUGGUCAAGCAGGAUUACGAGCGGUACAAGGGCAGGCGACCGCCAGCCAGCAACUCGGGCGAAACCAAGUUCAGCGUUCGCAUGGGCGGCGGCGGGCUCGAGGAGUGGAGGCAGCAGGCCUUCAAGGUGGUCAACAACGGCGAGAUCCUGGCCGUCGAUGAGGACAAGCACAGCUCCUCGCGCGCGAGCACCGUCGAGCCUGCGUCGUCGGUCGGCCCAGACAGCAUGCACGCCGACCACGCCAAGACGCCGCGCUCAGCGUCCAUGUCCUUCACGCCCAUCAACAGCGCCCAUCUCUCGCACCCCUCGCACCCCUCGCACCCCUCACACCCGGACCCUUCUGACCCUGAGACUGCUGCUGCCUCUGCCCUCUGGCGCUUCCAGCAGCCGCUUCAGCAACACUCCCCACAGUCUGCUGGUGCCAUGCCCAGCCCGCAGCUCUCACACCCCCAUCCCCACUCGCACCAUCCACACCCGGUCCACCCUGCCACGGCCGGUCAACAACAGCAGCAAGUGGCACUCGCCAUGCCCAAGCUGCCGGCCUACUCGUCGAGCGAGGUGGCGUCGUACCUGGAGCAGAACCAGUCGAUGCCAUGGAGCUUGGCGCCCGGCGGCGUUGACCAGUUUGCGUAUGGAACGGAUGAAACGGCGCCCGUGGAAACGGGGAAUCCCUUCUGGGGAGGGAAUUUCCCUGCGGAGCCGUGGAUGCUGCAGCAGGUUACGCCGUUGCAUCAUGUUUAG